CGGUGGAUUGUGGUCGCGGGGGCUGCGUGAGGGCCGGCAGCCGCGUCGCGAGGGAGCGGAGGGGGUGAAGGCCGCCGCCGUUCGCGAUGUCCAAGUCAAAAAUGUCAUCCCAAGAGGAAAUCCUGAGCGAUGGGCGGUUCAGCUGCGUUGCCAGGGAUCCCAGAUUCUGGGAGAUGCCUGAAAAAGAACGUAAAAUCAAGAUUGACAAACGUUUCCGAGCGAUGUUUCAUGACAAGAGGUUCAAGCUGAAAUAUACAGUGGAUAAAAGGGGUCGUCCUGUUAACUACACUUCUACAGAGAACCUCAGGAAAUUUUAUGCCCUGUCAGAAUCUGACAGUGAUUUUUCAGAAGAUGAGAGUAAAGAAAGUACUGAAAAGAAGAAAAAGAAAAAAAAAGGCAAACCUAAAAGAGAAGCAGAUUCUGCAAAACUACUCGGCAAUGGUCUCCCUAGGGAAGAGAGCAAAAUAAUCCAACAAGGAGUAGAGCAAACCUGUGAAGCAGUGACAAAGCUAGCUGAUGUGACAAAUGAUGAACAAAAAAAGAAAUCUAACUUCAACUUGAAAGAGGACUCUAAGAAAUCUGUAACAGAAACUGAUUCCUCUCAAGAAAAAAAAGGCCUUCUGCACAAAAGGGGAAGCAAGCAGGGAGAUGCAUCUGGAGAAAGAAUGAUUUCAGUUCGAAACAAGUCUUCACAGCCAAGUGGUACUGGAUCAGUUAAAGCUCCCAAGAAAGACCAUUCCUUUGGGGGAAAAAUAAAGGAAUCAGAUGCCUCUGAUGAACGGGACAUUAGUAGAAGCCAAUUAGAGGAAGACAUUUCUGCAAGUGAUGCUUUUGAGUCUGCAGAGUCUGAAGAAGGGGAGCCGGAAGAUGAUGGGGAAACAGGAGAGGAAGAGGAGCCAGAUGAUGAUGGGGAAACAGGUGAAGAGGAUAGUGACUCCGAAGAUGAUGAAGAAAGUGAUAUUGGGCCUGAUCUAGCUAGAGGCAUAGGGAACAUUGAAACAAGCUCAGAGGAUGAGGAUUUAAAUGACAUAUUUCCAAAGGAGCCAGAAAUAGAGCAUUCGUGGCGCGAGCUGGAUAAAGAUGCUCCUCGUGGUGAUGAGGUUACAAGGAGACUGGCAGUUUGUAAUAUGGAUUGGGAUAGGUUGAAGGCUAAGGAUUUGCUGGCUUUAUUUAAUUCUUUCACACCCAAAGGAGGAGCAGUGUUUUCUGUUAAGAUUUAUCCUUCGGAGUUUGGAAAAGAGAGAUUGAAAGAGGAAGAACAAAAAGGACCCGUGGAACUAUUUGAUCUUCCAGAGAAUACAACAGAGAAUGACGGGCUUUAUAGGGAAAAACUGAGGGAGUAUCAAUUUAAGCGACUGAAAUACUUCUAUGCAGUUGUAGAGUGUGAUUCUCCUGAAACAGCCAAUAAAAUUUAUGAGGAAUGCGAUGGACUGGAAUUUGAAAGUAGCUGUUCUUUUAUAGACCUGAGAUUUAUUCCUGAUAAUGUUACAUUUGAUGACAAGCCAAAAGAUGAAGCCACAGAAGUGAACGUAGCUGCAUAUAAACCUAAGUACUUCACAUCUGCUGCUAUGGGAACAUCAAAGGUAGAUAUCACCUGGGAUGAGACGGAUCAUGAGCGAGUAACGUCACUUAGCAGAACUUUUAACAAAGAAGAGCUUCUUGACAUGGAUUUUCAAGCUUAUUUGGCUUCAUCUAGUGAAGAGGAGGAAGAAGAACAAGGUGGUGAUGAAGCUCAUGAAGUGGAAGAUGACAAACCCAGGAAAAGCCAAAAAGACGAUGAAGAGCAAAUUGCAAAAUACAGAGAACUUUUGCAGAGUAUCCAAGAAAAAGAGAAAAAACAGGAAGAAAAGGAUAUAGGAAUGGAGGUUAAAUGGGUUCCAGGCCUCAAAGAAAAUGCUGAAGAAAUGGUCAAAAACAGAUUGGAAGGAAAGGAUAACCUAACUCCAUGGCAAAAAUAUCUAGAGAAGAGGAAAGAAAAAAGAAUUCUUAAAAAAAAGAGGAAGGCUGCUGCAGAGAGAGAAGAGAGUGAAGAUGAACUUCCAUCUGAUAUUGAUCUCAAUGAUCCAUAUUUUGCUGAAGAGCUUGAGAAAACAGGUUUAAAGAAGAAGCCAGAGUCGGUUGAAAGUACCUCAGAAGAUGAAGAUGAAGUUGAAAAACAGAAGGCUGAAAUGGCCCUACUUAUGAUGGAUGAUGAGGAUGACAGCAGAAAACAUUUUAAUUACAAAAAGAUUGUAGAACAACAGAACUUGAGCAAGAAGAAAAAGAAACGUUUAAUGAAAAAGAAAGAAUUAGUAGAAGACGACUUCCAGGUAAACGUUGCUGAUACAAGAUUCCAAGCCAUGUUUACUUCUCCCCUGUUUAACUUGGAUCCUUCAGAUCCAAAUUUCAAGAAGACGAAAGCAGUAGAAAAGAUCUUGGAAGAGAAAGCUCGUCGAAGAGAAGAAAAAGAGCAAGAUCUUAAGGAAGCAAGACAAGGGCAGGAGAAAAAGAUGGCAAAUAAAGGAGAGGUUGCUAAGAAAGCCAUAGAUCCUGCCCUGUCAAUGCUAAUAAAAUCUGUCAAAAACAAAACUGAAGAGUUUCAGGCAAGGAAAAAGCAGAAGUUCAAGUAACUGAACAUUGUUUUUACUCAGGUUUUAUUCUUACUGGCAACACCUAUUAAAGUUACUACAGCCUGCUCUGAUUCCUGUUCACCUAAAACUUCCCAAAGAGUCACUUCAUUAUGGCAAUGAGUUUUGAACUAACUAGAGUAAUAAUCACUUGUUUCUCCUCCACAACAAAGACUGAUUUGUGCUAUUUUUGAGAAACUACAACUUGUAAACACGUAAGUAAGGAACUGUUGUUCUUGAGCCAGUCUAUUGUCCAUCAUGCAGUGUCUUAAAGAUAACAGAAGUGCAAAGAUAGCUACUUUUUGUUUUAGUCAGAAUUAGAGUUGUAUUUAUAGACAAGAGAAAACACUUCUGCAGAGGAUAUUCCUGAGACUUAAGUGGUCUUAAUGCUUUUAAUUCCACAGAAGUCUGUAAACCAGGUCUCUGUUGAUAAAAAAGGUAGUAAUAUAACUAAAGAUUCAAGAGAUUUUGUAUACAGGCUUUUUGUAUAUUUUUAAAAGAUUACAUAUGUACUUCCUUCACUUCUCCUUUAAAUACUUGAAGAAUUCCUGGUUAAUAGAAUUAAUUCACAGAAAUAUUGCCAUUUAGAAGUGUUUCAUUAAUAUAUAUUGGAAAUAAAUGGUUUAAAUUGGCCUGAAGGAAUUUGGGGCACUGAACUGUGUUUUCUUCUUCUGUGUCUAAAUGAAAGUGUGUCAAAAUUAAUCUUUUUUGCUAUUAAUAUUGCAUCCCCAUUAAUAUAGCUUCACUUAUAUAAAGUCUUCCAGUAUUUUGAGGGAUUAAAGAAAGAAAAAAGUCAAAAGCAGAUGUAGAUGGUAAAAUUUUAGAAACUCUGGGUUUUGGCCAUGUUGUUGGUCAUAUCAGUGAUGAUAUUAAUGGUGCAGGGAAAAUCCAGUAGGUGAAACAUGCUCUUUCUUCUCUGGAGUGUGGGGAUUUAAUUGCCUUGAAGUUUUGGGUUGGGUUGGUUUGGUGGUGUUGGGUUUUUCUAAGUGUUUGCUCCAUCAGCUCUGAUACAAAUAACAUUGUAUCAAAAGAGAAUGAAAGUUUUAGAAGCAACUUUGUUUAAUGAUUUGUAUGGAAGAGCAAAUUUGAUGGGGCAUAAAUCAACUGCGUUGUCCCUUGAGUCCUCCAGCUCUGCCAAGGUCUAUGUAGUACUUCUGUUUUGAUGUCUUAGAUGUGCAUGUUCUUCCAGAGGAGUGUUCUUUCUUUGUGCAGUAGCAGCAAGCAUAGCCUGCUGUGGUUGACUUCCUGGUGUUAGUUGAGACCCUUAAAUUAUCAGUGCUUUUCUUUUUGGCUUGGUGUUUUUAUAACUGUAGUGGGAAACAGUGUGUGGCACCACUGAAUCUCUGCUCCUCCAGAAUGCCCAGAUAUGCUGAAUGACUCGCUGAUAUGAAACUCCAACAGAACUUCCAUACUUGUGCAAGGAGCCUGUCCUUUCCAGAAGUUUUGCUGGAGGACUAAUUUGGUGGUGGAGGGGGAAGGAAAGGUUGUAAAAUUAAAAAGUCACAAAUAGCUAUGAUUUUGUAUUGAAAUGAGAUGAUAAAAGUUAUAUUGCGUGUCUUCUUCUCAUGUACAUGUAC